UUCUCUUUACAUAUUUUAAUUUCAUUUUACAAAACUACUCAAAAACAACUCAAGAAGCCAUUUUUUUCAUUGUUCUGUUCCAUUGAAAUCUCUCAAGAAUCAAGAAAAUGUUGACAAUUAGCCUUCUCUUCUUAGCAUUUCUCUUCAUUCUUGGUUUAAUCACAACCCUUUUCAAUUUUCCCACUAAAAAGUUUCAAUCUUGGAUCUUUUCCCUCUCUGUUAAACCUCAAACCCUAACCCCAACAACCCCUUUUGUCAAUAAAGAUUCAAUCUUGGUUGAAAAGAAGAGCUCAAAACUUGAGUUGAGGGGUAUUUUUGCAACAUUUGACAAGAACAAUGAUGGGUAUAUAACAAAACAAGAAUUGAAACAAUCACUUAAGAAUAUUGGGAUUUUUAUGGAAGAUGGAGAUAUUCUUGAAAUGGUUGAAAAAGUUGAUUCUAAUAAAGAUGGAUUGAUUGAUAUUGAUGAGUUUUAUGAACUUUGUCAUAGUUUUUUGGGAAUUGAGAAAGUUGUUAGUGAAGAAGAGGGGGGAGUGGAGAAAGGGGAAGAGGAAGAGGGGGAUUUGAAAGAUGCUUUUGAUGUGUUUGAUUAUGAUAAAGAUGGAUUGAUAUCUGAGGAAGAAUUGAGUAAAGUGCUUUCAUCUUUGGGGUUAAAUCAAGGUAAGAGAUUAGAUGAUUGUAAAGAAAUGAUUAGGAAUGUUGAUGUUGAUGGUGAUGGAAUGGUGAAUUUUGAUGAAUUUAAGAAGAUGAUGAAAAAUGGUGGAAGGCUUAUUCCAAUUUUAAGGGGAAAUUCCAUUAUGUUACAAGAUUAAUCACCAGUGUUCUCGCUUACCCUCCAGCGUGACUUGAACACUCAAUUCACGUGAUAUCCUUUUUUUUUCAUCCCAACCACAGCAUGAUUAAUAGUGUUUUCACUUAUUCUCUACCCUCAACCCUUAGUGUUUUCACUUACCCUCCAGCAUGACUUGAACCCUCAAUUCAUGUGAUAUUUCUUCUUUUUUUCCAUCCCAACCCCAGAAUGAUCAAAAGUAUUCUCAUUUAUCUUCCACAUGACUCGAAUCCUUUGGUCUUAGUGUAUUCACUUGCUCUUCAGCAUGACUUGAAUCCUUUGGUCUUAGUGUUUUCAUUUGCUCUUCAGCAUGACUCGAAUCCUUUGGUCUUAGUGUUUUCACUUGCUCUUCAACAUGACUCUGUCAAUCUUAAUGUUUUCACUUACCCUCUAGCGUGAUUUGAACCCUCAACCUAGGUAUUGGUCAAUGAUGAAGGUGAUCAACUACUUGAGCAAGGUUCACUUUUCUAAUCUUCAAGAUUGUACAAAUAGGAAAAAGAACUUGCAUUGAGUGGGAUUGUAUAGUAGUUAGUUACUUUUUCUUUUGUUUCUCUUAGAAUUUGCUUAAGUUUAAGAUUGGAUCUAGGUCUAGUUAAGUCAACUAAGAUUAUUUGUUUUUUUUUCUUUAACUAGUUGGAUUAGAGAAAAUUAAGAAGCAUCAUCACACUUGUGGUUCUGUAUUUGAUCAGAUUGUGUUGUUUUCAGAGCAGACAAGUUUUAUGGUUGUACUGACACACUAUAUGUUUGUUUAUUAAUUGAUUUGUUUUUUUUUU